AUGGUUGUCCUAAGACCACAGUCAGAAGUUGGCCAUGCGCCACCCCCUCAGACAGCGUACAGCAUCGUCACCAACUUGCCAGGAUGGGACACGCUCCAGAGCGUUCGCGAUGGAGACAUGUCUCCCAUGGCAAAAAUCGUCCACAUCUACCCGCGCUUUGGACCGACUCAAUUUGCCGGCAAGCUCGGCCAGGCGGUAGCAAACAAACUGGGCUACGAGAACAAGGGCUGCAUGGUUUAUCUCAACCCCAUCAUGUUCCCAUACACCGCCGGCCACGUCAAGAACUCGCACCGCGACGAAGCUGCCAUUGACCCGGAGAACCUCACCUUCAAGUGUGUCGACGUGGCCGGCCACCGCAUCUACGCCGUGAUUUUCGAGCCGCAGCAUGCUAAAGCCCUCAUGCUUAGCUGGGGCAAUCCCGGCCUGGGACUCUCUAUCCGCAUGGCAGAGCAUCUGCUGGGCAACAUUGACAGCCUGGUCGAAGUCCCAUUUGAUGACUACAAGAACCCUCCCAAGCCCACGUUCACGCCCGAUGGUCCAGCGCACCAACUGCUCCGCGAGCGCGUCAACAAGUUUGUCCACCGCGCCUCCAUCAACCCGGAGCUGGUCAAGAGCCAGCCCAGCGAUGUCUAUCUCUUCCCCAGCGGUAUGGCUGGCGUCUUCCACACCACGAACCUGGUGCAACAAUAUCGCGCCGGAACCAACGUCAUCCUCGGCGUAGUCUUCCACAACACCCAGCAUCAUCUGCUCGAAGAGAGCCCCAACGGAUUCAAGCACUUCGGCAAGGUCGACAAGCAGGGCCUUGAUGAAAUGGAGGCAUGGCUCGAAGGGGAGACCAAGGAAGGCCGAAAAGUGAGCUUCGUCAUUGUCGAAUUCCCAGGAAACCCGACCUUGGAGAGCACAGACUUGCCCCGUCUUAAGAAGCUGUCCGAAAAGCACGGCUUUGUGCUGAUUGUCGAUGACACCAUCGCUGGCUUUGCAAACGUCGACGUGCUGGCACACGCAGACAUUGUCCUCACCUCUCUCACCAAGAGCUUCAACGGCAGGGCCGACGUCCUCGGUGGCUCCAUCGUCCUCAACCCUCUCUCCCCCCACUACAGCGAGCUGUCUUCCCGAUAUGCAGAGACUCACAACAACGAGCUCUACGCCGGCGAUGCCGAGGUGAUACUCGCCAACUCGCACGAUUACCUCCAGCGCACACGCCGCCUCAACCGCAACGCAGAGGCCAUGGCCACCUUCCUGCACAGGACAAUUGGCCGCGACGACUCUCCCAUCGUCCGAGUCCAGUAUCCCAGCCUGCUGGCGGACAAGCCCAACUACGAUCGCUUCCUGCGCCGCAGCACCGUCGAGCUGCCCAACCCAGGCUACGGCUGUCUCGUAAACGUCGAGUUUGAGAGCGUCGAGACUGCUCGUGCCUUUUACGACCGCUGCGGCUUCUACUCCAGCCCGCACCUGGGCGGCCACGUCACCAUCAUGCUGGCAUACAACAUGAUGAUGUUUGGCAAGAAGCCGGCGGAGAAGGAGGCAUUUAGAGGAUACAACGCCGCUGAGGAGAGUAUACGAAUCUCCGCUGGUUUGGAAGAUGCCGAGGAUCUGAUUGACACGCUCAAGGAUGCGCUCGAUGCGGCGACUGAAGUUAAGAGAAAGGCUACAUCCAAUGGUACUAGCUAA